AUGAUAGCCUCAUUAAGUUUAGUCGUAUUAAACUUGGCUAUACCUAUUCUAAUGAUAUUUAGUUCAUUUCGUAAUGUUGUAAAUUUUUAUUUAUCAAGUACGGCAUUAUCAAGUUCAUUAAUUAAUGGUUUAUAUUUAUUUUAUCUUAUUCAAACAUUUCGUUCAAAAGUUAUAUCAGAAAUCAAUUGUCGAGCAAUAUAUUAUCUACAAUCAUCAUGUAUUGUUAUACUCGCUUAUACAAUAGUUGCAAUUCAUGCAAAUUUUAUUUUAUUUUUAUUUCCAUCGUCAUCAUCAUCAUCCGAUGUAAAUCAUACAAAUCGUACAUGUUUAAAAUCAUGUGGUAUUUGUUUACGAAGAUUUUUUCGUCGAUUUAGUUUUUGUGCUGUUCUAUGUGUAUGGUCAUUUUCAUUUACAGCUACAAUACCAUUACUUUAUUCAAUUGAUUCAAAUGAAAAAUUACCUAAACCUGUUUAUUGUCCUGGUACAACACAAAUAAGUUAUCUUGAAGAAUUAUUUAAUCGUAAUCGUUUUAUACAAACAAUUUUAUUUAAUUUAAUACCAUUAAUAAUGAAUCUAUUUUUAUCAUUAAUUGCUUUAUUAAAAUUAUUAUAUGAUUGUCUUAUUUAUUUAUAUUUACGUUUAAAAAUGUCAAAAUGUUUCUCAUGUCUAAAAAAAUCUUCUUGUUGUCAAAAGAAACCACAACAACAACAACAACAACAACACACUACAUCUAAUUCAACGCCAUUGUUAUCAUCAAUUGAUGUUAUGGAUAAUAAUAAUAUACAAUAUGAUAUUAAUUUAAUACAAAUUAUAGAAACAACAACAUCAAAUAAUGAAAUAAUUCUAUCAUCAUCAAAUGUGACAAUACAAUCUUGUGGAUAUUGGUCGUCAAAAUCAUUUCUUCGAUUUUUACUUGUAUUAUCAUCAUGUUUACUAGCAUGUAUUUAUCCAAUUGUUAUGCGUUUUUAUCUUAUCUAUUUUUCUGUUCUUGUUCCAUUGAUAUUUGCUGUAUUGAAUUAUUCUUUGGAACAAUUAACAUCAACACAACAAAAAACAAUUAUGGAAAAUCAUGCUACAAAUUUAACAAUACCACCAGGAAUAUCUUCUACUGAUACACAAAUAUCCGUAAAUAUGAAUAUUAGUGAAACAUUACAAACAAAAACAUCUAAAAAACAUGAAAUAGAUAAUUGUUCAAAUGAACAAUUUGAAUUACAACCACCAUUAAUAGCAAAUCUAUUAAAUGAACGAGAUGAAUCAUUUGUUACAUUAACAAAUUCAUCAACAACAUUGUCUACUGAUCAUCGAUCAAUAAUUGGAGACAAACAAAAAUAUUUUUCCAAUCGUUUAUAUGAAAAUACUCAAAAUAUGUUUCUAAAAGAAAAUAAUUAA